GGAAAGCUUCCAAGAGCCCCACGCACAGACACCUUUGAUCACGACGACAUUUCUCUUCCGUCAAAGUCGAUGUAGCGACAAUGUCAAUUCCAGGCCUGGGCCAGAUUCCCACACAGCCCACCGCCUCGACCACCCGCGUCAUCACCCUCCGACCAGCCUGCGAAUGGCGCUUCCAAGCCUCCUCCCCUGUAAUCGUCAAGCUUCUCUCCGGCACAGCUGAGAAAGACGGCGUCGAACUAGGUCCUAAAAACGCCUACACCUUUGCGGGCGUCAAGUCCAAGAUUCUAACGUGGCACGGGUGCGAGCUCGAGAUCGAUGGCCGAUGCGAUGUUGACUCCGUGGCGGAAUAUGCGAAUCCGACUGAUAAUCCGGCAAACGUGCAUGUGAAUCUUCAUGGACAGCUUAAUGAUAUGCGAAAAAAGGCGGCGAGAGAGGGGAGAGAGGGGCCGAGGGUGUUGAUCGUUGGACCGGCAGAUGUGGGAAAGACGACGGUUGCGAGGACGUUGACGAGUUAUGCGACAAGACAAGGCUACCAACCUCUAGUGGUGAAUGCGAAUCCUAAAGAAGGACUGCUCAGUCUGCCGGGAACACUGAGUGCGAGUGUUCUUGCGACUGUCAUGGACAUUGAGGCCGUGGACGGUUGGGGCAGUACGCCUACCAGUGGCCCAAGCAGUGUGCCCGUGAAGCUUCCUCUGGUGUUUUACUACGGACUGGCAUCACCCGAUGAAGACCCCGAGUUUUAUCGCGAACUCAUGAGUAAACUUGCCGGAAGCGUAAGUGCACGCUUGAGCGAGGAUGAGGACGUCAAGAGCUCAGGUGUCAUUAUCGAUGGAAUGGGUCUUCCUGAACAGAGCAAAGAUGGGUAUGAGCUUGUCGCACACAUCGUCGAUGAAUUUUCCGUUAAUGUUAUCAUUGUGAUUGGCUCAACAAGUAUCACCUCCGAGCUAUCUAAACGAUUCAGCAACGAGCGAACAAGUCUGGGAGAACCCAUCAGCAUUGUUCCCAUCGACAAGUCCGACGGUGUCGUCAUUCGAGACGAGGCCUUCUUACAGCACGUAAGAGAAGCGGCUAUCAAGGAGUAUUUCUUCGGCGACUCCAAGCGCACUCUCAGCCCCCUGAUUCAACAAGUCGAUUUCGACAGCGUGAUUGUGUAUCACACCUCCGACGAAAAUUCUCACAGCCAGGGUGUCACCCGAGAAGACCCCUCAACGCCGAUGCAGCACUGGACGUUUGCCAUUAUGCACGCAACACCGAAGGAGUCGCCCGAUACGGUCCGUGCUGCAAGUGUCAUGGGCUUCUUGUACGUGUCGGAUGUGGAUGAGGAACGUCGUAAGAUCAAGUUGCUUUCGCCGGUGAGCGGACGGUUGGGUGACCAGCCGCUUGUGUGGGGGAAGUGGCCGGAGCCGUUUAUUAAUCUCCUCGGAUAAGGGAGUUUCUGCGUCUUGGCAAGGAGUGAGAGAUAGUACUAGACCUGGUCUACGGAUAAGGACAUGUUUUGGCCCGUACGGAGUAGGGUCGAUAAUCAAUGCUGGAGCAAAGCUUUUAGCCAAAUUGUGUUUGCCGUCAGGGUUGAGACUGAUUGCAU